CCACAACUCAUCCAUCCAUCUACCCAUCCACCUACAUAGUAACAAACCGUCUAUCAUUCUAUCUACAGAAUCAAACACCCACCCCAACAAUACUACUUAGUACUAUCUAUUAUGACCCAACCCCCUCCAACCCGACAAAUCUACACCACCAGCGACCGCAAAACAGAUUUCCUCCAACACAUCAUCACCCAAGAUGCGCCCGCUACAAUACUACUCAUAUGCACAACAAAAGAAAAAUUCCUAGAGCAAUUAUUACUCGCCUCAGGACCAGGAACUGAAGAACAUCAUCAACAUAAUCACAUACUUACCAAGAACACCAUUGGGGUGCUGUCCAAAUCAAGCAGCAUUAAGUUAGUGUACUGCCCUACGCUGGAACAUCUUCGAGCGUACUUGUCUGUGAUACGAUCGCCGGAAGAUGGUGUAGGAUUGCAACGAGAGUUGUUGACUACGACUACUACUUCUACUACUACAGAGGAGAGGGAAGGGCAGACGAAACAACAACCACCAGCACCAGCACCUCUUCUGGCUAUUCUGAACCCGUUGGCUUUACAUGUUCCUACUUCGGAGUUCUCUGCUCAGGGAUUGUCGAGGAUGUUUGCGGCGGUGGUGGAGGUGGCGGAUCGAGGGGGGUGGGAUCUUGUGCUGUGUGAAUGUAAAGAUGUUGGUGAUUCCACGGGGAGUGGGAGUGGGAUGGGGGAGGUGUCAUGGCAUACGCAGGUGCCGCUGUUGAACAGCUCUGUGCGGGUUGGAGAGGAAAGUACUUCGUAUCGAGGGGGUGGAGUACCAGUUAAAAGGGUCGUGCAGCGGUGGUUUGAGUUUAAUGAUAAUGAGGCUCCGAUUACAGACACUACAGUUAUAGACGUCUGACGACUUGAAUGACAGUAAUAGAGCAAGAUAUGUGCUAUAAGACAAUGUAAACCCCCAUAAUCAACCGGGUAUCCUUGAACCAGCCCUAAACUCCCGAUUUGACACCGUAAUGAUUUCCCAAAU